GCUGCGACUGUGCGUUGGGCGGCCGUGAGGCCGAGAAGCAUGCGCGCCAGGGGCGCAGGCUGCCUCGCUGGGCUGCUGGCCGUCGGAUGGCUGAUCCUGGUGGGCCUGCAGACCUCGCAGGCGUCGAAUGUCACCUCCGCCGUCCAGGAACCCGGCAUGGUCCGCGAGAGCGAGAGCGAGAACGAGAACGAGCCCGAGGAGGAGGCUGAGAACGAAGGCGAAGUGGCUGAGACUGAUACCACGGUCGAGGCCGAGGAAGAGGUUCAAAACAGAACAAUAGUCAAAGAAGUAGAAUUCGGAAUGUGCACAGUAACUUGUGGUGUUGGUAUUAGAGAAGUAAUUUUAACCAAUGGAUGCCCUGGAGGUGAAUCCAAGUGUGUUGUCCGUGUGGAAGAAUGCCGUGGACCUGUUGAUUGUGGCUGGGGUAAACCGAUUUCUGAAAAUCUUGAAAGUGCUAGACUAUCAUGUGUUCAUAUAUCUCCUGAAAAUCGUUUCAAAUAUAUAUGGAAGCUUCUAAAGCCAGACCAACAACCUGUUAUACUGACAAAUGACACAGCAGUCCUGGAAGUACCAAGAGAACUUCAUCCUAUGGCUUUCGAGUGUGACACUUUGGAUAAUAAUGAAAUGGUGGCAUCUGUUAAGUUCACAAUCUAUACAACAAGUGAAUUACAGAUGAGAAGAUCCAGCAGACCAGAUACUGAUGCAGUCUUAGUUUUUGUGCUGACCAUAGGAGUGAUUAUCUGCAUAUUUGUGAUCUUCGUGUUGAUUUUCAUCAUCAUAAAUUGGGCGGCAGUGAAAACCUUCUGGGGGGCAAAAGCCUCAACAACUGAGAUACAGUCCGAGUUGAGCUCUAUGAGGUAAGAACAAGACAAGGAUAUUUAGAGUUGCUCAGAAUAGCCAUGGUUGGUGGAGAUGCCUCUAGGUCAGCAUUCAGUGAUAAGGUGAUUGGUAGGCAUAGGCUGUGAUUUUUCUAUAAUAUGGAUAUGGAUUUUUCUAUAAUAUGGAUAAGCAGAUGGUGGUGCUUAUCCUAUAAAACCCAGCUUUCUUCUGUUCACAAAAUAGUGCUUUCAAAUCAAUCAAGUGGAUCUUAUAUAAUUUUUGUUUCAUGUGUUUUAAAAUUAAGGUGAUUUUU